AUGAGAGGUAGAAAAUCGAUGGAAGCGAUGAAUGAGACCCGCUGUUCACCGAACGCCGUUACCCACCAAAAAGGUUGCUUUAGGAAUAAUAAACAACAUGGGGGAGAGUUAUGUCGUGCAUAUAUGCCAGUCCAUAUGCCAGUCCCAUUGAGGGAAAUGAAUGAGAAGAUUUAA